CCCGAGUGCGGUGAAAUUCCUGGCGGGGGGAGCAGGAGGUGGCGGCGCUGAGGGCUCGGAGCAGGAGGCGGAGGGCGGCUCGGAGCCACGGCCGCGCUGCCCUGCCCGGGACCCUGCGUGCUGUGGCGGCCGGCGCCGAGCCAGACCCCCGGCGGGCGCGGAGCAGACGGGCUGAGGGACGCUCGCCGCCACCUUUCCCAGCGCCAGGAGCCGCGCCGUCCCCGCCGCCGCUGGGACUCCCUCCCCGGGCAGAGCGGGGGAGAAUGACGGAGCUCCAGUCCGCCUUGCUACUGCGGAGACAACUAGCAGAGCUCAACAAAAAUCCAGUGGAAGGCUUUUCAGCGGGCUUAAUAGAUGACAAUGACCUUUAUCGAUGGGAAGUCCUUAUUAUUGGUCCUCCAGAUACACUAUAUGAAGGUGGUGUUUUCAAGGCUCAUCUUACUUUUCCAAAAGACUACCCACUGAGGCCGCCAAAAAUGAAAUUCAUCACAGAAAUCUGGCAUCCGAAUGUUGACAAGAACGGCGAUGUCUGCAUUUCAAUUCUUCAUGAGCCUGGGGAAGACAAAUAUGGCUAUGAGAAACCUGAGGAACGCUGGCUUCCCAUUCACACAGUGGAAACCAUCAUGAUUAGUGUUAUUUCUAUGCUGGCAGAUCCCAAUGGUGAUUCUCCUGCUAAUGUUGAUGCAGCGAAAGAAUGGAGAGAAGACAGAAAUGGAGAAUUUAAAAGAAAAGUUGCCCGCUGUGUAAGAAAAAGCCAAGAAACUGCUUUUGAGUGACACUUAUUCAGCAGCUAGUAGCUUCACUUUUUUCAGGAUGUUGGUGGCAUGUUGCACAUAGGAGUUAAAUGAGACUUCAGUGAGGUUGCCAGGAGCCACUGAGAAGGGUUUGUUUCAGGUAUCUAUGGGAGCUUUAACAGAAAGCCUCCUGGCACAGCAGAAUGCAUCAAAUUGAGAUAUUACCAGUUUAUAAUAUCAAGAAAGGUGGUGUUCUCUUCAGCAGCCCAAGAAACAUCUUUAGUGAGGAAGGCUUGGGAAUAGCUUCAUAAAAACAGCUGUGUUCUGCCUGGAAACUGAACUGUGGCAUAUCUGAGAGCUUGGACCAGUUUUCACCUAAGAGUAGCUGAUGUGAUAUUUGCAUUUUUUGCCACCCUGUUAAAGAGCUUCUCACUCAAGAUACUUACUCUAAUUUACACAAUCCCAUCUCAGUUUUAAUGGGACUUUUUUUUUAAUAACCUCUCAUAGAAAGCUGUAUUAAAGCAUGGCCCUUAAACCCCUGGCCUUUGGUCACUUUAUCUUGGGUAUGCCAAGGAAAAACUUCCUCCAUGAGCUAAUAAUUUCCCACUCUUGCUUUUCAAAGCAAAACAGAACUUCAUGUUGAAGCUGCCUUUUCUUAAUGGUUGGUUUGGCAAAUAAACUGCUCUGAGCCAUUUGGCUGGCAAACCCCAAAUCCACAUUUACUGGUUACCUACAGCAUACAUAAUUCACAGGGACAGAAAUGUGGCACUGUGUGUAGUUCAGACUGAACCAGAGCAGCUUACUACAUUCUUCUGCUGGGCAGUUUUUUUAAAUCACAGUUGUACAGGAGAGAGUUCCUUUCUUACCCUUUUGUAAACAUGGGGGGGGAUUGGGGGAAGGCUCCAUCUGUGACAAAUUAGUUCUGCAGUCCCUUUGCAGAAAUGCUUUGAUUGAAAGGAACUUUGUCCAGUAUGGAUUAGACAUGAAAAAUGCUUAAUAUUGACCAAAAGACUAAGCAAAGGAACAGAAAGUCUUGUACUGCCUAUAACUGGAGUGCAAGAAUUGUUAAUGCUGCUGACUUUUUUUUUCCUGUCUUGGAGAAAGGGAGUAACUGUGAGUAACACUCCAGAGUAUCCUUAACUAACCUCAGCUCUGUUGCCAUGUUGAACUUAGCUAUAGUGAAACAAUGCUCUUGACAAAUAUUUUGAGUAAUUGGCUGUGUUGCUUUUCUGGAAGGCAAAAGCUUUUCUGAGUCUGGUGACUCCUCCCAAGUGAGCGGUGGGCAGGGAGUUGGAUGAGAAGGGGCCACAGCUGGUUUCAAACCAGCCCAGUGUGACUGGGGCUGUGGUGUCAGUGCUUGCUGGGCACUGCUGUGCCUGCCUCUCACAGUCAGCAAUGCACAGAUUUCCAGUGAUCAAUCUGCCACGUUUAGCCCUGGGUGUGAAUAAUCAAAGCUUUGCACGCUGCGCGCUCGACGAGCAACACGAGGUACAGGAGCCACAGAGUCUGAGAAUUGAGCUUGGACACUCAGUGUGCUCAGCUAACUCCAGGCUUUCUCAGGUGAUGAGCUUGGAUUUAUCCAUCUUCUCUUCAGAGGUAUGUGAAGCUCUUGAACAAGUAAUAGUUCAUCUUCUUGAGCUUGAAAAACUAAUUAAUUCUUGAAAAUAAUUGAGGGUGAGGAGGGGUUUUAUUUUAAUACCUGUGA